AUGCACUUUAUUUUCUCUGUGGGGGUAGUGGAAUCGGUAUGUUCCUAUGGGGCACACAUGGGCUUUUUCUCUGGCUCAAAACACCCCUGGCAGAAUGGAGAAAUUGUUGUUCUCCAUCUAUACUACUGUAAAGAUACCGAGCCUCGGUGUGGUAUAUGUAGUAAGGCUACACCCAGUCGGUCCGAAGAAAAUGUUCCUAUUGUGGCAAAUCGCAGAGUCACUGGAGGCUGCCCGUUGAAACCGCAGGGGCGAGUGCACCAGGCGUGGGUGGUUAUUUCUUGGAAACUGGGGUUGUUGCAGGCCGUCAUGUGCUUUCAACACCAAACUACGGCCGUAGAAAGUUGUGAUCUACGUCGCAAACGGGAGGGAAGACGGGUCUGGAGUUCCGGCCCACAAGAUCGCUCAGCGGACACGGCUCUGAAAGACGCACAGGGCGAGGUACCUGGGGGCGGGAAAACAGCGGUUCAUCCCCAAAAUGGUACCACGACCGCUGCACGCGGCUCCGCUCCUACGCCCACCAAGAAGGAGAUAGCAAUCGUAUUCUGGGCCAUGAAAGCCGGAUCAGAAAAGCCAGAUUCACAGCCACUCGAGCGCCGUACACCCCCGCAGGGGUUUUGUCAACGACCGUUGCUGCAGGUGCUAGGGCCCUUUGCCCCGCCUUCAACAUGGGCUGAUUCCCAACGGUACCAGGUCAAAAUUCAAGUCCAAGCAUUUGCUAACCCAUUUGAUCUAUGUCCCGUUGGGUGUGGCUGCGAUUAUGCAUUCGUCCAGAGCCUCGGCACUCUCCAUGAUCAGCACUAA